UUCCUCAAGGGUUUCCGAAGCUCGCGUGAGGUAGACUGCGCUCUGCAGAGAGAAUUACAUCACACAGACAUGAAAAUAGUGAACAGGUAAUUCUUAAUCAAUGUCAGUUUUCAAUCAACCUGACCACGCGAAUGAAGGACAGCGAAUUGAGGCUAUUUAAAACGCCCAGAACGACCCGUUUGCCUGUUGCGCACGCUACGUAGUGUCUGAAUUUAUGGGAACAUGUCCAAGAAAAAGGGCAGGAAGCGUAGUAGCGGGGAGCUGAGUGAAACUCUGACCCCUGACCCCAACAACCUCCUUGGCAUGAGGAUUCAGCACAGCUGGAGGGAGAAGGGGGCGCUGACCAAGUGGAAGGGGACCGUGCUCGACCGGCUGAGCGUCAACACCUCGCUCUACAUGGUCAAGUACGACGGCUUCGACUGCGUCUACGGCAUCGAGCUCUUCAACGACGAGCGGGUGUCCAACCUGCAGGUCCUCACAGAGAAAGUGGUGAACAACAAGAUCAAGGUUCCGCAUGACGCAGAGGAGCUGGUGGGGAAGGCGGUGGAGCACCUGUUUGAGAAGGAGGACGGGGAGAAGAACGAGUGGCGGGGCAUGGUGCUGUCCAGGGCGCCCAUCAUGACCAACUGGUACUACAUCACCUACGAGAAGGACCCCGUCCUCUACAUGUACCAGCUGUGGGACGACUACAAGGACGGGGACCUGCGCAUCUUACCAGAAGCAGAGAACAAGCACCUGCUACCAGCUGACAGGAAGCCAGGCGAGGAAACAGAGAGCCUUGUGGGUAAGCAGGUGGAGUACGUGACCGACAAGGGGGUGAAGAGAACCGGGCUGGUCAUCUACCAGGUCCCCGCCAAGCCGUCUGUCUACUACAUCAAAUACGACGACGACUUUCACAUCCACGUCUACGACCUGGUCAAGACGUCUUAAAAACGUCCUAAAAGGACCCGCCCACGCAUCCCCAUCGCUCACCCGCCAUUGCCUGUCAUUCUUCUCCGGUCCCCUUCCCAGUGCUUUAUGGGAAAUGUUGUCCAGCUGUGUAGUCCUCUGCGCAAACAGCGGCCCGCAUUGGCUGUUUUACCACCGGUGGCCACCAGAGGGAGCCAGAGCCGCUGCUGGGUUGAAGUGGGUCAGCUUCAUUAGCGGAGGUAGAAGUUUCCAAUUUAUGUAAGUGGAAAGACGGAUAUUUCAAGGGGGAAAGGCAAAUUCAAAGAUUUCUUGUGUGAAUAUAUGUGAUUAACUAUAUUUAUUCCUGUCAGAUGUUUCUAAACAUUGGGAUGGAGACUGGAGUCUGUUCCUAAUCAGAUUUGGCAGUCAUUAAAAUGAGAUGCCGUAAACUUGGAAUUAGGUCGUAAUUGAAUACAGCCCCAUCAUAAGAAGUCUCUAUGGUUGUAAAUUGAAGGUUCAGCUUUAUUCAAAAGGUCAGUAAUGCUUUGUAAAUAGUGAUGGAAAACGGUAUUGUCGAUUCCAUGCAACCUGAUUCAUCGACCGUAAAGGCUUUUUUUCCCUGCACAGUAACAAGAUGGUAAUGCCGAUAAUGCUAGUCCAUAAAUCCGCUCUUACCGGAAACUUCUACUGCUUCCGUUCAGAUGCUGGAAUCCAGCUUAAACAGGGGUGUAGGGAUUCUCAUUAUCUCAUUAUCUUUAAGAUCCUGUUCAUUGUUUCUGAAGUUGUGCAAGUAAUAGUAAAAAUUAAUGCUAGCUUAAAUUAAAUUCCACAUUCAAGUUUUCACUGAAUUCCAGCCGUAGACUGUUGUUGAGGCUGGCUUUUUGAACGUGGCUCCGACUCCGCGCCUUUUUGCGAAGAUGGACCAGAUGUGUCCAAAAAAAAAAAAAAAAAAGAAAAAACUUAAAGCCACACCUUACAACUCCACGAUAAGGACUCUCAUUCAAUACACAAGAUUGCUUUACAGUCAUAGUCAUUUACAUUACAUUACAUUCAUUUGGCAGACGCUUUUAUCCAAAGCGACGUACAAAAAGUGCAUUUCCCCUUGGAGUCAUUUAUUACUCACCGAGUUUCAAAAUAAGCGUUCAAAUCCCGUCGACUUUCAUUCACUUGUAAGUGAACGCUUUUUUUUGUCCUCAUAGCUGUUCCAACUAAAUACUUAAUAUCCCGAGCAAUAUAAAUAAAUAGUGGAGGCUUGUUUUGGUUACAGCUGAAGCUAUAACUGGAAAAAGUCACAAGAAACAAACAAACAAGUCCGUCCCAGAUUGAUACGAAAACACUUAUUUGCCCGUGAUUCGUGAGUUGGGCUGCACUGGUUGUGCGCGGUGUUGAGGAUCGUCCCCAAAGCAAUCGAACAUCUCCGCAGGAAAGUUAGAAAACCGCAUUCGACAAAUUAACGGAGGAAUGAAUGUUUAUAAAGCUGCGGGAACUGGGAGCAUUUUAUACCGCCAGCUCUGGUGACUUGCUAUAUUAAUGUGGGACGAUUGUUUAGCUGUUAUGACAUGCGAACGGAGAAAGCGGCUGCAUCCUGGGUUGAGAACUGUAACACGGUGGCGGUAAAGAAUAGUGAAGGAUAGUAGAACGUAGCUGAGCCCGAAAUAAGACAAGAUGACAAGAUGGGACCACAGCGGUAGCUAGGGUCCAGCAGGCUGGACCUGGAACUGUUUCCAGUGCGAGUUAGACUUUAUUUGCCCAGGGUCCCUUUUUAACAAAAGUAUUUUAAAAAACUCUAUAACCGUUAUGAAUUUAAAACCGUCGAUGCCGACCGGAGACGCGCGCAGUACUGUAGCCAUGGCAACACCGUUGGGUGGAAGACAUUAUUCCUCUCCCUUAUUUAAUGCACCCCCCCCAAUCCACCCCAAGCACUUUGCCAACAUUGAGACAAACAACCUCACAUACUCACCAGAUAUUAAAUUCUGCUCAUCUCUUACAAAACAGGUUGCUGAAGCCAGGCAGAAAACACACACACACACACGCACACACAUGCAUAGGCGCACAUACACACACAGACAUACACACAGACAUACUCACACACACACACACACUCAUGCGCACACAUGCACAGGCGCACACACACACAGAGACAUUCACACAGACACUCACACACACACACACACUCACUAAACACACACACAAUAUAAAAAUGUCAGUACCACAGAGUUGUAUAUAAGUCUGAGUCAUAAUGGGAAAGGAGCGUAUAGUUAGUAUAUUGUGAGCAAUCAUAAUACAGAAUCGGUCUUUCGUGCAAAUGUACAUUUAAUUUAAGUGUUGUCCAGAUGGUUAAGUUGACAGAAAUUUGAAAAAGGAAAAAAAAGAAAAAGAAAAAAAAAAGAACGUCAUGGUAACGAGCAAAUGUUGAGCUUUGAGACGUUGGGCUCUUGGGCACCGUUGAUAAGCCAGGGAGUGAUUGCUGAGCACAGAAAAAUGCUGAGCACAGCAAAACGCAAAGUGCAGCUGGCCAGCCUUAACACACCGUUGGUGUCUGCGCCAAGCUGCAGCUUCACAGUUUGCCGAUGUUUCCUGAUUUUAAACUUAAUCCUUAUCGUUAGCACUGUAUGUGUACUUGUUCUUAUGAGAAAAAAAAGAGUGGAAUAUUGCAUAUGUAGCUGUUUUUAAAUGACCUAUCAAUAAUCUCCAUAAAAGGACAUCCUUUUUUUUUUUUUUUUUUUUGCAUGUAAAAAGUAAAAAUGCAUUCUCGCAUAUGAUUUCUGGCUGUUGGAUAAUCCCAUCGGCCAAUAAACAUGCUAUCGGUUUUAGGGUCUGGACAAUUUUUGGGGUUUUAGACUUUUUAUUGUGUAUUCUUGUAAAUAUUAAGUAGGACGGUGUGUAAAAGUGAUUUUCACAACUAGCUCCAGACUCGUUUUACAUGCGCCAGUGGCCCUGCCACAUGUCAUAACUCCGCCCCCAUCCCAUUUUCCACCAAUGGCGCGCCCAUGUGCGAUAUCCCCGCCCCCCUCAUGUAAUUCAAUGCUGUUUGGGAUUUUCAUUUUCUUUGUUUUAACCCCUAACUGUUCAGUAAUUAUGCUUCUUAAUGUGUGGAUAUUGCAUAAGAAGCCAGCUCUGGAUUAUUGGCAGUUUUAAGUAUUAAUCUUUUGGUGCAAUUAUAAAUGAUAAUAUUUUCAGGUGAGCUGGCAGACAGCAUCCCCCCAGCCCCACCCCCCAACACACACACACACACACACCCACCCCAAAACAGAAUAUUGCACAAAGAUAUUUAUUGAAGUAACUGAAAGAUAUUUAAUCGUUGAUGUGUUGACAACGUCUGGCCUGGUCAUCACUGCAGACUACACAUUACACUAAAACCGUUACUUCGCUUGAAGGAAAAGAGAAAAAUAAUAAUAAAUGAAAAGAAUAAUUUUGCUUUAUUUGCAAUUAAAUUGCUGGCACAAGGAGCUUCUUGUAUAUACAUAUCUGCGCUGAUGCUUGUUAAUGUUGCACGUCUACUUCCCUUCUGUCAUUUUUUACUAUAGAUAUCCAGAACUUCAGUUCAUUUACCAUAGAUAUCCAGAACUUCAGUUCCUUUACCAUAGAUAUCCAGAAAUCCAGUUCCUUUACCAUAGAAAUCCAGAAACUCCGUUUCCUCACCAUAGAUAUCCAGAAAUUCAAUUUCCUUUCCUUUUGUAAUUUGAUUUAUUGCAUAUGCACUUUAGGUCUCAUUUUAUAUCAUUGUUGGUUUGAAAAGGCACUUCAGAAUCAGGGUAUUCAUGCUUAAUGUUCCAAGAACUUAAAAUUUUGUUAAAAUAUUUGAAUACAAUUAUUGAAUAAUGAGAUGGACAAGGAUUUGCUCUUGAAUAAACAUGAAAAAAAAUUAUGUUAAAAAAUAAAACCACAAUUAAUUAAUUAAUUAAUUAAAAUAAUUUUUAAAAAGCUUAGCAGGCACAGGCAUAGAUCAAUCAAAGAUAACAACCACAUAUUUGUGUACCUUUCCCAAAUUGUAUGUCCAGAUAUGGAAGAUGUGUCAAUGAAGGACUCCAGUGUCCCCCAGGUCCCAGAUUUUUCUUUAACGGUGACAUUUUUGAAUCCACACCGCUGAGCUCGCGUGCACUUCUGUCCGUGCACUUCUCCAUUCGUGAAGUCUGCGCGCGCAGGGUGCGACGUUUCCGAUCUCAGUUCAUCCGUUUGGACCUUUCCUGAGGUUUUCAGUGUUUUUGCGCUUGUGUUCGGUUAGGAACCAUUCUCAGCUGAACUGCAAAAAUCCAGAUUUCAAAGCUUCCUCUGUGCAGACAGAAAUGUAGGCAGGAAUGUCGUACAAGUGACCACGAAGAAUUAAGAAGUUUCCCCCCCCCCCAUACCAGCUUGGAAAGUGUAGCUAGUUUGUUAGCACAGGAAGUAACAGUGUCACCCCGGCAUCUUGGAACACCCUGAAAAACCCAAGCUUUGGCUGUGAGAAAUUAAAUAGCUUGUUGUUUUGUUUUUCUGGUGUUUGUGGAUAAACUAUUUUAAUUUUUAAUUUUAUUUUAUUUUUUUGUCUUUUUUUCCGUAAUGUGCAUUUGUGUUGGCUCUGCGAAGCCAUCCAGGGAACUGGUUGAGAUCUGCCCCCAUGCAAUACCGGUUUUAUUGUGCUGCAUUUUACCAAAGCUUACUUUGCAUUAGCAUCCAUUUGCAGUAGCGUUCUCCAUCUUGUUUGUGUAAUGAUGCUGUCAUUAAUAAAGAGAUAUUUUUUGCA